GUCGCAACGGUUCGGCCUUGGCGGGACCAUUUAGUCGGCGGUCUCUACUGUCAGGAACACCGAGCAAGAAUGAAGGAGCUCCCUGCUGCAGACCAUGACGACGCUUCGUUCCGACUCCAGUCGCUUCCACACGUCCACCUCGUCAAAGUCGAGUGGCUCAAGCCUCAUGAAGCGAUUGUAUCUAUCGACCACGUGGAAGCACUGUUGGCUGCGACGCUGGCAUGGGGCGCAUACGUUCGACCCCUCCUGGUCGACAUCAAGACAGGCGCGAUCCUGGACGGCCAUCAUCGCCACCGCGUCGCUCAGCUGCUCCAACUCCAUCAGUUACCAUGCGUCCUUGUCGACUAUCUCUCGGACACUUCCAUCAUGGUCGAACACUGGCAAGGCGGAGUCGUAGACAAACAGCAAGUGAUUGACAUGGCGCUGUCAGCUCACGUUUUUCCGCCAAAGACGAGUCGCCACUCCAUGACGGUCGACUCACUUGGUCGCAUCGCUGUCCCGCUGUCCCUAUUGAGGCAACCUGCUCCUUUCACAGGGGUGUACUCGAACCAUCCUCUCAAACGGCCCAAUGCCGACAACCCACAGCUCACGUCAGGAACGAGUCAAGUGUGGGCUUGCUAACUCGGCGCGUCGCGAAGAAACACAACGAUCGAUGGAACGACCUGUGUCGACGUGCACGCAGUUGUGUAUAUAGAUAUGGUUUUGCAAUUCAACUGGGCUCGAAUGGAUGACGCAGAUAAGCCCCA